AUGGGAACGUCCGCGUCCAUCCUCGCCUAUGCUGCUGCUUUGGAACGAUGCCUUGGCCCUCCGAGUCGGUCAAACUCCGAAGUUUUCGGCGACGAUGUCGCCUACUGGAAGCAGUUCGAAUGCCAGCAGUGGUGUAUCCAGCUGGCACGAGCUGAGACAACCCACUUUGCCGAAAGUCGUGUCCGCGACAUCGUGGUCACAAACCUUCGCCACUCGUUUCGUCACUGCCUGGACCCAGAUGUCUCCGUCCGUGAAGCGGCACAGGGUGUCGUUGUGAACCAUGCCUACGGCGGCCUCGGCUUUGUGAACGAGCUGAUCGCAGAAGCAAUGCCCAGUCAGAUGAGAGACCUCAUGUCAACCGGUGGAGAGACCCAGAGGACCUGGGCUCGCAUGUGGGUUUGCAUGCAACAUUUCGAAGAUCUCCUACGAGCUCUGACGAAGCCUCAGCGUCAGGAGUGGGUGUGCUUAUUGGUCGAACUCCUACAUCGUCUUCAAUCAACUUCAGCUCCACUUGCCUGGGCCACGAACCAGAAGAGGGCCACGAACCAGAAGAAUGUGAUUGACGAUCUGAAGCUCUUUUGGCGAGCAGAUGGAGAUCCAGUUCGAACUUGUGCAGACGCAACGCAACAACUGCGGGCCUUAACACGCCACCCGAACUUCGAAGGCGUAAGGCAGAACCUGUACAGCCUUCUCGCGUGCUGA